CCCACCCGCCCUCCUUCUUCCUCCACUGCUCUCUCACUCUCUGGGUGAAAUUUAAAGGGUCUCCGGGAGUGUAGCUCUGGGACGGGGGGAGGUGAGAUGAUGGGGGGGUGUGUUUGAUGUGGUAAGGUUUGGCGCAGAGAGCGGCCGGCGUACUCCGGGUACGAGUGCACGUACACGUACGCAGCGGGCUGAGGGUUCAUUGCCUGAGUUUGAUGGAGAAUGAGUGGUGUGAAGAAAAGAGUGAGAAAGAGAGGAUGGUGGAAAAAAAGGGAAGAGCGAUGGAGAGAAGACAGUGAAAAAUAUGGACAUGGGAAAGACAACUAGAGAACAGCAGGGAGAAAAGAGAGGGACAAGGAAUGAAUGGAGGGAUGGAUAGGAAGGUGAGGGAGAGAGAAAUGGAGAAGAAAGGUAGUGAAAAGGUGGAAUGAGAAAAGGGAAAGAGGGAUGGAAAAAAAAGGAAAAAAGAAAAUAGUGAGACAAAGAGAGGGAAUGCAAAGACAGGGACAGGGGUGGGGACAAGAGAGAGACAAGAAGACUGGGACAAGGAUGGCGAAAGUGAGGGACGAGGAGACGCACUGCGAACGGAGAGUAAAGAAGAGACAAGGAGAGAAAAAGCAAGAGAAAGGGAGAAGGGCAGAGACAAAAGAGAAAGGGGACGUAGAAGAGAGGAACGAGUGAAAGAGAUGGACAGUGAGAAGAGAGGAAAAAGGAGGGAG